GUUCAAUGCUCCCUCUACACUACCUCGAGUUCGUCUGCAGCCUGCAAGAAGCAGAGUCCACAAUUCUUCCGUCCACUCAUUCCCUUUUCCCCACGGCAAGCACCCGAUUAGAGACUCCAACCCCAGCACAUGGCACCAUCAACGACUGUCCAGAACCUCGUCGGGUCUUGCUGCCGGAUAUCUCCAGGGCUGGAACAGACGGUGCCGGGAUCACGGCACGUCCAGCCAGUACGAAGUACCCUCAGGUAGUCUAGCACGGCCUUGCGCCGUCGCGUGCUCCGCGUGCGAUGCAUGGCAUGUCGGUCCAGAUCCACGGUUGACUUGUCAGAAUGCAGUCAAACAGUCUGCUUCUCGCAAGCAUCAUUGAAAUCCUCUCCAAACCUCAAAUCACCCUGAAGGCAGUUACCUAGCCCUGAAGGCAUUUAACUAGCCCUGAAUGGCAUCUCUAAACGUUUCGUCCCAUAUGGAUUCAGAUGCAGCGCAUCUUGCCCUCCAUUACACCUCUCCCGCUCGGGAAUGGUCCCAAGCCCUGCCUCUCGGUAACGGCCGGCUCGGGUGCAUGGUCCACGGCCGUAUUGGCACCGAGCUCCUACAGUUGAACGAAGACUCGGUCUGGUAUGGAGGUCCGCAGGAUCGGACCCCACACUCGGCGCAAUAUCUCCCCAAACUGCGAGAACUCAUCCGAGCUGGUCAACACAGCGAAGCAGAACAGAUAGCGCGUCAGCGAUUCUUUUCCACUCCCAAUUCUAUGCGACACUAUGAACCACUCGGGUCUGCGUACUUCAACAUCCUCGGACUCGAAGAUAAUGAUGAGGUGACGGCAUAUAGUCGUCGGCUGGACAUAAGCCGUGCAGUCCACACAACCACUUAUACCGCCACCAUCAAUGGCGCGCCGGCGCGAUUUCGUCGGGAAUGUGUAGCCUCUUACCCUGACAAUGUUCUGCUCAUGCAUCUUACCUCUUCACAGCCAAUCCUCUUCAAGGUCCAUCUCAGUCGCAGAGGUGAGAACGAGUGGGACACGAAUGAGUUUUUUGACAGUCUGCGGUCCUUCUCUCUGGAGGACGAAUCCAAAGCUGGAGGGGCGAUAAAAAUGCAAGCAACUCCUGGAGGCGCUAACAGCAACCGACUCUGCUGUGUCUUGGGCGCCCUCUGUGCUCCUGGAUCCGGCACCGUCGAGAAGACAGUUGGGGGUCUGCUCAUCAAUGCAACGGACUGCUUAAUCGCUAUCGCAGCACAAACGACAUACCGUCACGCAGAUCCAGAGAAUGCAGCAGUAUCCAAUGUCUCUAAGGCACUGAACCGGCCCUGGCAACAACUUCUCUCGCGGCAUGUCGACGACUACCGCCGGUUAUUCGGCCGUACAAGCCUACGCAUGUGGCCAGACUCCCAGGAUACUUGUACCAAUAUUAGACUAGCCAAACGCAAGGGUAACGAUGCUGGCCUGGUAGGACUGUACCACAACUACGGUCGUUAUCUUCUAAUAUCGAGCAGCCGCGCCAGUGACAAGUCCCUCCCGGCUAACUUGCAGGGCAUCUGGAACCCGAGCUUCUCGCCUCCCUGGGGAAGCAAGUUUACCAUCAAUAUCAACCUGCAGAUGAACUACUGGCCGGCAGCAUCUUCCAACCUUCUAGAGUGUACCACUCCGCUGGUUGACCUCCUCGAGCGCAUGGCAGUGCGUGGGCGCAGGACGGCGAGGUUGAUGUAUGGCUGCGGCGGGUGGUGCGCGCACCAUAACACCGACAUUUGGGCAGAUACUGAUCCGGCCGAUACGUGGAUGCCGUCCUCACUAUGGCCGCUUGGCGGGGUCUGGGUGACGAUCGAUGCCGUUCAGAUGCUUCAGUACCGCUAUGACAGACUUACGCAUGAACGGCUAUUUCCUGUGGUCGAGGGCUGUGUUGAGUUCCUCUGUGACUUUCUCAUCACUUCAGCUGAUGGUAAGUACCUGGUUUCCAGCCCCAGUCUUUCCCCUGAAAAUACUUUCGUUUCGCCCACAGGCGAGCUCGGCAUCUUCUGCGAAGGCUCCGCCAUGGACAUGGGGAUAAUUAAGUCGACAUUUGAGCUCUAUCUUUGGAGCGUGGAUACUCUACAGGUUAAUGUCUCAUUAAAGAAUAAAGUCGAGGACAUGUUGCCACUACUGCCUCCUUUGAUAAUCAACAACGACGGCCUGAUCCAAGAAUGGGGGUCGGAGAACUACGAGGAGCACGAGCCGGGCCAUAGACACGUAUCACACCUCUUCGCUUUGUGUCCUGGUAAUGCCAUUAUCCCGAGUGAAACUCCCGACCUUGCCGGAGCAGCAGAACGCGUUCUUGCCCGUAGAGCAGCGCACGGAGGCGGCCAUACAGGCUGGAGCCGUGCCUGGCUAUUGAACAUGCACGCUCGACUCUUGAAUGCCGAAGGUGCGCGGGACCACCUGGAGUUGCUCUUGACCAGGUCAACCUUACCGAACCUCCUCGACACGCACCCACCUUUCCAGAUCGAUGGGAAUCUCGGAGGAUGUGCCGGUAUCAUGGAAUGCUUGGUACAAGCUUCUGCCAUUAAACAAGCGCACUCUCACAAGGUCCUCAGCAUCGUCAUCCGCCUGCUUCCCGCGUGUCCCAAACAAUGGGCCAGGGGCCAGCUUUCAGGGGUCUGCGUCAAGGGCGGUUGGACGGUGGGAUUUGAGUGGGAAGAGGGAAGAAUCAUAGGUGAGGUGGUAGUGACUGCUACGCACGAGGUCUCGGUAAUGGCGCAGGUUAUGUUUCCCAGCGGGGAAACUGUGGACGUGCAAGGGUUGGGGGAGCAUAGAGUUACGUUAGGAUCUGGGUUAUGAUAUGUUCGCAGCCGAGUCACCCCUGACAAGUGCCCGAACAUAUCGCAAUUGUGGGUGUUUGUUCGGCCUGCGGGUUCAUAUAUCCUUCCGGCUAUUUGUCAAACUUUUUGGGCCCUCUACAGUUUCUAAGUGUGAGGAUACUUCUACCCGGUUCGUUUCUUCUCCCUAACAAAUUACCUUGGGCAUAUCACGUUCCCGGCAACUUCGCCAUGAAUCGCUCACAUGCCACGUUCCUCUGUAUCUUUUUGCGGAUGAUUUGUGGACAGAACAAAAGUUAUAUCAGGAUGAGUGUGAUGUGUUCUAGCCAAAUCAACAGGUUUUACGUUUGGUUAAGCCAGAACUGUAUAGCAAGGGCAUCUUAGGGGG